AGUGGAGGUUGUUUUGGCUCCGACGGUCGCGCGAGGAACUAGGUGCUGCUGCUUCGGCGGCGGUGGCGCUGAGGCGGUGGCGGCGGUGGCGGCGCUGCCGGCCCCGGACCACUCGGCCUCUCGGCUCGUCUCUCAGCCCCACCUGAGCCCGCCGGGGCCCGCACCGGCCAGCACCUGCCCUAUGAGUGUGUCAUUGGUUGUCAUCCGACUGGAGCUCGCGGAACACUCGCCCAUCCCCGCCGGCUUCGGCUUCAGCGCCGCCGCCGGGGAAAUGUCUGACGAGGAGAUCAAAAUGAAGACACUAGCUUCAGCUGUAGCCUCUUUAGAAGGGAAGUCACCAGGGGAGAAAGCAGCAAUCAUACAUCAGCAUCUUGGUCAUCGAGAAAUGACAGAUAUGAUCAUUGAGACCAUGAAGUCCGACCCAGAUGAGCUAAAAGCUACAAUGGAAGAAGGAAAGUCUUCAGAAGCAUCCCCCACUGCACGGAGAAGUAGAGAUCAAAGUAAGGAAUGCGUAAAUGCUGCUCCUGAUUCUCCGUCUAAACAGCUUCCAGACCAGAUUUCAUUCUUCAGUGGAAACCCAUCAGUUGAAAUAGUUCAUGGUAUUAUGCAUCUAUACAAGACGAAUAAGAUGACCUCGUUAAAAGAAGAUGUGAGGCGCAGUGCCAUGCUGUGUAUUCUCACGGUCCCUGCUACAAUGACCAGUCAUGACCUUAUGAAGUUUGUCGCCCCAUUUAAUGAAGUAAUUGAACAAAUGAAAAUCAUCCGAGACUCUACUCCAAACCAAUAUAUGGUGCUGAUAAAGUUUAGUGCACAGGCUGAUGCAGAUAGUUUUUAUAUGGCAUGCAAUGGUCGCCAGUUUAACUCAAUAGAAGACGAUGUUUGCCAGCUGGUCUACGUGGAGAGGGCUGAAGUGCUGAAAUCUGAAGAUGGCGCCAGCCUUCCCGUGAUGGACCUGACCGAGCUCCCCAAGUGCACGGUGUGCCUGGAGCGCAUGGACGAGUCCGUGAACGGCAUCCUUACCACGUUAUGUAACCACAGCUUCCACAGCCAGUGUCUACAGCGCUGGGAUGACACAACGUGUCCCGUUUGCCGAUACUGUCAAACUCCAGAGCCAGUCGAAGAGAAUAAGUGUUUUGAGUGUGGUGUUCAGGAAAACCUUUGGAUUUGUUUAAUAUGCGGCCACAUAGGCUGUGGACGGUAUGUAAGCCGACACGCGUAUAAGCACUUUGAGGAAACGCAGCACACAUAUGCCAUGCAGCUCACCAACCAUCGCGUCUGGGACUAUGCUGGAGAUAAUUAUGUCCAUCGACUGGUUGCAAGUAAAACAGAUGGAAAAAUUGUACAGUAUGAAUGUGAAGGUGAUACUUGCCAGGAAGAGAAAAUAGAUGCCUUACAGCUAGAGUAUUCGUAUUUACUAACAAGCCAGCUGGAAUCUCAGCGAAUCUACUGGGAAAACAAGAUAGUUCGGAUAGAGAAGGACACAGCAGAGGAAAUUAACAACAUGAAGACCAAAUUUAAAGAAACCAUUGAGAAAUGUGAUAAUCUGGAGCACAGAUUAAAUGAUCUCCUAAAAGAAAAGCAGUCCAUGGAAAGAAAAUGCACUCAGCUAAACAUGAAAGUGGCCAAACUCACCACUGAGCUCAAAGAGGAGCAGGAGAUGAAUAAGUGUUUAAGAGCCAACCAGGUCCUCCUACAGAAUAAGCUAAAGGAGGAGGAGAGGGUGUUGAAGGAGACCUGUGACCAAAAAGACCUACAGAUCACUGAGAUCCAGGAGCAGCUGCGUGACGUCAUGUUCUACUUGGAAACGCAGCAGAAGAUCAACCACCUGCCUGCUGAGACCCGGCAGGAGAUCCAGGAGGGACAAAUCAACAUUGCCAUGGCCUCGGCGACCAGCACCCCCUCCUCCGGGGGCAGUGGGAAGCUGCCCUCCAGGAAGGGCCGCAGCAAGAGGGGCAAGUGACCUUCAGAGAACAGAUGCCCCCAAGACUGUUCUCCCUGGCACCGAAAGGGUGUGCUAGAACUUUCAGCUGAAUGCGGGGGUGGACCGUAAGUAAGUACAUCAAGUGAGGAUCAAGCCACGAUUGUUUGGAUCUUUUCUUUCCUAGCAUGUGGUUUAAUGAAUUAGAGGGUUGAUGACUCGGACAGCUGAAGGUAAUGGGCAGGCAGUAUUUGAAAAGGUGGCUGCUUUUCUCAACCUUGAUAGUUCACUAACCUCAGACAUUCUUAUGACCAUUUUGCCUUCCUACUUGAUAGAUGCCCCAACUCUGCUGUGCAUUUUUCCGUUGUAUUUAUUGAGUUGGUCUAUUUGACACUCAGUCCUGGGGUCAGUUUAAGACAUUAAUUUUUUUUCUUGGUCACUUCAAAGGUAACAAUACCUAGCACUCAGUACCGAACCUCCCUGAGGUCUUAGCAGCUGCUUUAACGAGAGGUUCCUAUUGAGUACUGAGGUGUUAGGAAAAUUCCCUAGCAUUAGUCUCCCAUCACUGUCAUCCACCAUUUCCUCUGGGAAAUUGAAGAAUUGUUUUGCUGUUUUCUGAAAAGAGGCUGGGCCUGUUAGCCGUGCACUGGCUUGUCACCAGCAGCCGUCUCUUCCAGCUCUAGGGCUGGCCAGGAACAACAACGAACCGGGGGCAGAGUCGACUCCGGCUCAAGGAAAGGGGGGCAUUUCCACUUUGUUUAUUUUUGGUGACUCCACACGUCCUUGGGAACCUCAAAUGAGGAGGCUUAAUGGUUGCUCCAAGAUUUAAAUCUCAGAGUGGACUGCCUGGCGUCUAGCAAGAAGAAGAGGGCAGGUUCAUCAUCCAUGUGAAAAGGUAGAGUGAGGCCUCUGACCAGCUUGUUGUCUGUUUUGCUGGGAUCAGUAUUUUCUGGAUGUUUAUAAAAGAUUAGGCUGCAUGUUCAGAGUAGAACCAUGCUAGAGGGCGCUUGGGCAGAUUUUCAGUUAUGUUUUCAAGAUAGAACCAAAGGCUGUUUCUAAAUCUGAAAAUUAGAAUUUUAACAGAGCCACCUGUAAAACUCUCAUGCAGUGCUUGUGGUGGGCCAACAGAGGGACGUACUUCUUCUAGAGCCAUAAACGUCAAAUCAUUUGUAAUAUUCAGGAAGUAAGCAAAAUUGAAAGAAGACCGUGUUGGAAUUUAGCUUCAACAAGAGAUAGCUGGGUAGCUUAAUAAGACAUUCUGUUAAACGGUGGAUGUUUUCUUCCUUCUUUAUAAUUAGCCAAAGUUUUCAAAUGAUCACAUUUCAGAAUUGUUUUUUUAGCCUGUAAUUGGGCCUCAUUCCCUUUGACCUAAACGUCUUACAUGCAACUUUUUAACACACAACUGCAUAGUCAUCACCAUGUACUUCUGUGGGAUGAGCUGCAACAUCUCCCAAAGAACCUUACCUGUAUCUUUGCAAAACGAAUGUACUCACACAUUCUCACUUUUGACAUAGGACAGACCAACUCUGUAAGUCCCCCUUGGACUUGUAUACAGAUAUCUUAAAGAAAGAGUGGGGAUGUAAAGCAUAACCUAAUUCUCUUUCCUAUAGAGAUUCUAUUUUAUUUAAAAUCUAUUUUUACACUAGUUAGAAUCCUGCUCUUCUGGCCAAGUACUUGUCUUGCAUGUCUGACCUUGCAGAAGCUGGGGUGGAUUGCAGCAUACUAAUUAAGAGAAUUAGAAAUAGUGUACAGAGCUGGCUCACUCCUCGUUUCUCUGAGACUGCCUCUACCAGCAGCUGGGAGGGCAGAGGUUUUCCGCACAGGUGGGAUAAAUGCUCUGAAAGGCUGCAGCUAGAGGAAUGAGCAAAUAGGCAUAUGUUUCCAAGCUACUUGAAGGUUAAGGAAAAAAAACUAAGAAAAAAAAUUUCGAGGUAUAUAAAGAAUAUGUUGUUGUUUUUUAAAACGGUCAUAGUCAUGUGUUUUGAAUUUGACAUUAUAUAAGGUGGGGGCUGGUUAGUGUUUUCUUCAGGAUGGAAAUGAACCACUUGACAUACCCAUACUACCUGGAAAAAUGAAAUUGCAUUAAAAUAACCAAACUUUGAAAUGAUUCUGCCCUGUGUGAAAUUUGUGUCUCUCUGAUUGACAUUUGCUUGGGAGCAUGUAGCUAAUAAUCCAAUGGCCUGGAUUUAAAAAGAAGUCUAAAAAUCAAUAAUGUGUGUAGUGAACAGCUUGAUGAUUCAUCUUUCAGCCCUUUCGCUCCAACUUCCCAAACUAAUGAAAAGUAGCUGAGCCAGAUUCAGAGUUGGGAAAAUUGUCUGAAUUUGGAGGCUUGGGGCAGGGGAAGGUCCAGGCACACAGUUCUUUUAGAACUGAAAGUAAUCAAUUUAUAAACCUGAGAAUUUUUCCCAAGCCCCAGCAAGCUGAGAUUGUUUUAUUUUGGGAAAUUGUCACAAACAUGACUGUUUAGAAUAUGUUGAGU